AUCCUCUAGGCCCAACGACCAACAUCAAGGUACCCGUCCAUUAUUGUGCCAUCGUCACCUUGAUCGGAUUCACCUGGUGUCCCACCUGAACUUGAUCGGGUUCACUUUGUGCUCCAUCCGAAUCGAACUUCGCCUUCUAACCGUGUGACGUUCCUUGUGCUCGGGCUGAUGACCACAAUAGCAAACCACGAGGCCCGUGUAGUCUCAUCUGAACCUCCCCAGGCAGCACCAGUACAGCUCACCCACGCAAACCAGUCCUAAACCAACUAUCCUUCACAUCUUCCUGAAGACUACAACCUACCAACAAUCCGCUCUCUGGAGUAACUCCUCUACGCGCUUUCGAAGCGCAAACACACGUUCGUUGCCUAAACCCCGACGAUGGCAGGCCCGUUCAGCAACCCGGGCGCCCACUUCUCUCCACCCUCAUAUAUUCAAGCUUUCCGUCCUGCAUCUUCCAUGAGCGCAAAUAGGUUCGAUGAGGGGUAUUCCGAGGAUACCAGGAGCCAGAGUGGGAGCGACACGGUGAUGAGGAUAGACACAAGACUUGGUGAGAAUAUCGGAGGUGUAAUAUCAGACCAAGACGCGCAGUUUCCACUUCCAGAAUGGGUCAUGAACAUGAACGAGACGGAAAGGAGUGAAUUCGCAUAUGCCAUCCUCCGAUCCCUACGAACUUCCUCAAUAGCUGGCAUUGUGGAAAAGUUGAACCCGCUCCUUCACCUCGACCCCGUGGUCCACCUCCCCCCCGAGAUCACUUUUCAGAUAUUCUCAUAUCUGACGCCGGAAACAUUGCUUCGAGCUUCCACAUUGUCUCGAACAUGGCGUCUUCGGGUCAUGGACAGUCCUUUGUGGAAGCUCCUGUUCCGAUUAGAAGGAUGGAACUCAAAUUUCCCACAAGUGCGUGCUUUCGAGGAGUCUGAACGAGCGAGGCGGGUCGAGAUGAGGGAACGCAAAACUCGUGCGCGCGCCGCAGAGGAUAUGGAUUAUGAGAACCCAUCAACGAAGAAACGACUUCGACAGCGGCCACUGUUCGGCGACGGCGCGUCUGCCGAUAACAGCAUUCGCAAUGGACUAGAGCCCCUAUCAUUAGACGGCAACAAAGAAGGCCUACCCGACUGGGGCGAGCAGCAUGGUGCCGUCGAAGCUGACGAAAGUCCAAGCAGGAGAGCAGACGACACGAUGGAAGGGAUAUCAUACAAUUCGAUUGAAGACGGGGUACAACAACCGACUCAGGAUCAUGUCGCUCAAAAUUCACGCGACAAUUCGAUCGUAUCUCCCAUCACUUCAGCACCAGUAGAACCCCCUAUUCGUCCAACCCUAAUUGUUUCGCCGAAUCUCGAGCCCAAGAUCAACUGGCAAUUUCUAUAUAAGCAGAAGCGUCGCCUGGAAGACAAUUGGGAUGCAGGCCGUUUCUCUAACUUCCAACUACCCCACCCCGCACACCCAAGAGAGGCUCACACCGAGUGUGUAUACACGAUACAAUACACGGCCAAGCACCUUGUCAGUGGCAGCCGCGACAAGACUGUCCGAGUGUGGAACCUAGAGACCCAACGGCUGAUGCAUGAACCCCUAGAAGGACAUGUUGCGUCAGUUUUAUGUCUGCAAUUCGAUGAUCGGCCUGAACAAGAUGUAAUCAUAUCGGGUGGUAGUGAUUGUCGGGUUAUCAUGUGGCGUUUCUCGACCGGUCGGAUCAUUAAGAAGAUCGAGAAGGCGCAUUCUGAGUCUGUUCUGAACCUCCGGUUCGACGACCGUUAUCUGGUGACCUGCUCAAAAGACAAGACCAUCAAAGUGUGGAAUAGAAAGGAGCUCUGGCCGACUGAUGAUGCUUACCCUUCAUCGACGACGAAGUCAGCGGCCAAAUUCCCAUCCUAUAUCAUUGAUAUGCAACAUCAAGUGGAGAAUGCGCAUCUGCACUAUACCAUGCUGCAGCCUUACUCGCUCCUCAUGAGCUUGGAGGGUCACGGGGCGGCUGUCAAUGCUAUCCAGAUCCUGGAUGGACAGAUUGUGUCUGCCUCUGGCGACCGCAGCGUGAAAGUGUGGGAUGUGCGUACAGGUGCAUGCUCGAGGACUUUCACGGGCCACAGCAAAGGAAUAGCGUGUGUGCAGUUCGACGGACGAAGGAUAGUAAGUGGCAGUUCGGACGAAACCGUGCGCAUCUUUGACCGCGCGACUGGGGCCGAAGUUGCAUGCCUUCACGGGCACUCCAAUCUUGUGCGGACGGUGCAGGCUCAAUUUGGGGACUUCCCAGGCAACGAGGAAGAGCUCGAAGCCGAAGCCCGGGCGGUGGACCGUACUUUCUUCGAGGCCAAAAGCAAGGGGCUUGUCAACAAUGACUUGACCAGGGCUCAGCGCCAUGCGCGCAACGCAGGCUCCCGAGAUCCGAGAACGCUAUUCGCUUACGGAGCGAAACUUCCGCCGGGAGGCGGUGGUAGUAAGUGGGCCAGAAUUGUAUCUGGUUCCUACGAUGAAACCGUCAUAAUCUGGAAGAGAGGUCACGACGGGGCUUGGGAAAGAUCUAACACGCUAUAUCAGCAUGAAGCUGUCAGGGCAGCUGGCGGACGACCUCGACGACCGGCCGCACACAAUCAUGCCCACGGGAAUCAGCCUGGUGCAAACCAGAACCCACAACAGUUGAACCAUGCUGCCCAGAACCACUUCCAAGCCAUUGCACAACAGGCACAGGCACAGGCUCAAGCUGCGGCAACUCUUGCCCAACAAGCUCAAGCCCUUCACGCUGCAUCUAAUACAGCACAAGGGGGCAUUAUAACAAACACAACAGGAGCCGUGACGACCAUAACGGCAACCCAGAAUGCUGUCCAGGGAGCCGCUGCGCAGGCUAGCGGCAACCAAGGCCAAACACAACAUCAACCAGCCGGCCCAGCACCUGUCAUCAAUCUAGGUGCCGCGCAACAGCAGCAGCAGGGCGCAGCGCAAGCCGGAGGAGCGGGUGCACAUCACCACCAUCACCAUCACCACCACCCCUUCGCCGGACCCCUCAACAACCAAGGCACCAACUCGCGAGUCUUCAAGCUGCAGUUCGACGCCCGCAGAAUCAUCUGCUGCAGCCAGGACCCCACGAUCGUGGGAUGGGACUUCGCGAACAACGAUCCGGACAUCAUACUCGCCAGCCAGUUCUUUGGCGAGUCCGAUUAAGGUUUCGCGGGUGGAGUAACGGAGCCGUUGUAGGAUUCGUAGACUACUAGUAGGAUGUACGCUCGCUAGCGAUGAGCGUCCCUCUGACGCGUGUGGAUACCGCGGUAUAUGAGUAACGACACGAGGCGUCAACAAGCAGAAUGCCAUGCAUCUGAAUCACGAGAGUGAACGUGGAAGUAAACAGUAGCAAGUAGUAUCUGGAGAAGAGACAACAGAACGAGGUCAACAUCUUCAUCCCUAAUUGAGAACCUAUGAUAGGACGUGGGGGAGGUCCCCCAUCUUGUAACUAUUUUAAUGAUUCUGAGAAGACAGACAGGCAGGCAGACAGAGAGGGAGGGGAGGACAGGAUCAACGGCCGCUAGUAAUGAAUAUUCCUGCAUCAUCACCAUCAAUGAUAUUGUC